AUGGCGGCCCUGCAGCUGCAGGGGAGAAGGCUCCUCCUUUUGCAGCCCCUCCCCCUCCUCGCGCGGCAAGCCCUCCGCCGUGCCGUCCCGCCGCCCAUCCCCCGCUGCCGCUUCCUCGGCUCCUCCUCCCCGCCCGCGGCACCGGCCUCCCCCUCCCCGCCCGCACCCGGCCCCCGCUCCCCGUCCGGCUCGCUCCUGCCGACGAGCGCCGCGGCCGUCGUGCCGGCCGCGCGCGGCGCUGGGUCCCCCGGCCUCGAGAUCUCCGCUCCGCAGCGAGGCCGGGCCACCUCGGGCUGGCCCCUUCCGUCGUCGGCGUUGCUCCACGCCGCGGCGCCCUGGGCGCUCUGGACAUCGGCCGCGGCUGAUGACAUGGUGGGCGCGCUCAUCGGCGCCAACUUGUCCGUCUUCAUGCUCUGGCGCGUGCUCGCCUAUCCCAGGUUCAUCACGGAUCCUCACAUGGUUUGGCUGGACAUGUACUUCGGCGGGCGGCUGCACACGCUGCUCACGACCGCCUCCGGCAACGUGGAUCCCAUGUUCAUGAGGAAACAUUUCAUGACCUCGCUGGACAAUUUCACGAGUGGGCGUUUGCACACGAUGCUCACCAGUUCUUUCAGCCACAUGAACCUUAAGCACCUCUUCAACAACAUGGUCGGCCUCUACUUCUUCGGCUCGAGCAUUGCCCGCACGUUUGGUCCUGGUUUUCUUUUCCAACUGUACGUUACUGGAGCACUUACUGGGUCUGUAUUCUACCUGGCAGAAAAGAUUUUUCUAGCUCCACGAAAAGAGGUUUUUGGAGGAUGGAAAACUCCCUGUCUUGGUGCAAGUGCUGCAGUUAAUGCAAUUAUUCUUCUUGAGAUAUUUCUGCAUCCGACGAAGCUACUAUACUUGCACCUUUUCAUUCCGGUUCCAGCUGCAUUAGUGGGAGUUGGUUUGAUUGGUGCUGAUUUGUGGAGGGUCAAGAAGGGUGGGAGUCGCGUGUCAGGCUCUUCUCAUCUGGGAGGUGCCCUAGUCGCGGCGGUUGCCUUUGCAAAAAUCAAGGGCUGGAUCUGAUCAUGCAGUUUACUCAUACUCACAUGCAGCAAAUCCAAGGGCCUGCUUGCUUCCACCCUGGUGGCCACUUCUUAGAUUGAAAUUUGCUGUUAUGCGACUACUAUCAACGGUCUGAGGGCCGACUCGUGGACCAUGCCGCUUAUUAUCCAAGUUUCUGAUGUAGAAAUAUUUAAACAAAGUCUAGAUAACAUCAUUGCAGCAGUUACUAGGCCGGUUGCGACGGUGAUGCGCUGAUAUUUUGUGUGCGACCCUGCGUGUCGCAUGGAUGUACUUGUAUCUCAUGUUAUCCUGAUACCUGUAGCUAGCAUCAGGCCUUGCUGCUGUUGCUACUCACCCACGUGGUGUGUGUUUUGCAAAUGCAUCAAUGAGCACGAGGCUAACUCUUGAUGC